AUGCGGCGCCCGUGCGCACCGGUGGGCGGGAGGAGUCCGCCUGACGAAGGACCUGGCCAAAUAAAAGAGCACAACGCUAUUCAGAUACUAGCAAAUGGCUGCGAUACAUUUGUCAAGCAGUCCGGUCAGUACACUACAGAGGAACAGCACAGUGGAACAGCACAGUGGAACAGCACAGUGGAACAGCACAGUGGAACAGCACAGUGGAACAGCACAGUGGAACAGCACAGUGGAACAGCACAGUGGAACAGCACAGUGGAACAGCACAGUGGAACACCACAGUGGAACACCACAGUGGAACACCACAGUGGAACACCACAGUGGAACAGCACAGUGGAACACCACAGUGGAACACCACAGUGGAACGACAAUAAGGUAGUAGCGAAAAACAAAAACGCGCACCCACCAAAGGCGGCUAAA